AUGGGCAAGAAAGCUAUCCACUUCGGCGGCGGCAACAUCGGCCGUGGCUUUGUUGCCGAAUUCCUGCACACUGCCGGUUACGAAGUCGUCUUCGUCGAUGUUAUGGACAAUAUCAUCAACGCCCUGCAGACUCAAAAGUCCUACCAGGUCACCGAGGUCAGCGAGGACGGCGAGACCACCAAGACUAUCACCAACUACCGCGCCAUCAACUCCAAGACCCAUGAGAGCGACGUCAUCCAGGAGAUCUCCACCGCCGACGUGGUCACCUGCGCCGUGGGGCCCAACGUGCUCAAGUUCAUCGCCCCCGUCAUCGCCAAGGGCAUCGACCUGCGCACCAUGCCCAAACCGCUGGCCGUGAUUGCCUGCGAGAACGCCAUCGGCGGCACCGACACCCUGCGCAAGCACAUUGAAGAAAAAACCGACGCGCAGCGCCUCACGAGCAUGGGCGAGCGCGCCCAGUUCGCCAACUCCGCCAUCGACCGCAUCGUUCCCGCGCAAGCACCUGACAGCGGCCUGAACGUGCGCAUCGAGAAGUUUUACGAGUGGGUCGUCGAGCAAACCCCCUUUGGCAGUGUCGGCCACCCGGAUAUCCCCGCCAUCCACUGGGUUGAUAACCUGGAGCCUUACAUCGAGCGCAAGCUGUUCACCGUCAACACCAGCCACGCCACGGCCGCGUACUACGGCUACUAUGCCGGCAAGAAGACCAUUGCGGACGCACUGAAGGAGCCCUUCAUCCGGAAUCAAGUCCGCGAUGCACUCAAGGAGACCGCUUCGCUGAUCACCGCCAAGCACGAGAUCUCGGCGCAGGAGCAGCAGGACUAUGUCGACAACAUUGUCAGCCGCAUCUCCAAUCCCUACCUGGAAGAUAGCGUCGAGCGCGUCGGCCGCGCGCCCAUGCGCAAGCUGUCCCGCAAAGAACGGUUCAUUGGGCCUGCCGCGCAGCUGGCUGAGCGGGGAAUGAAGUUCGAUGCGCUGUUGGGCUCGGUUGAGAUGGCGCUCCGCUUCCAGAACGUCCAGGACGAUGCCGAGAGCGCUGAGCUGGCCAAGGUCCUGAAGGAGAACUCACCGGCUGAUGCAACAGCCUUGUUGACGGGUCUGGAGCGCACCCACCCACUGUUCCAGCCUGUCCUGAAGGUGGUCGCUCACGUACAGUCAGAGUCCAAGGAGACCGGCCAACCGCGCAUUUGA